GACAUAGUUAUGUUUCUUUAUCUACAGGAAUUCAAACUACAAUGGCAGCCCGAUACCACAGCUCAUGUUCCAACCCCAGCGAACCCAGGAGCUGCCGUGGGCUUGGAGACCAAAACCCCAGAGAUUUGCAACUGAGACUUGUCUUAGUGGGUAAGACUGGAGCAGGAAAAAGUUCAACAGGGAACAGCAUCCUUGGUAAGAAAGUGUUUAAUUUCGGCCUUGCAGCAAAAUCCAUCACCAAGUCCUGCGAGAAAGGGAGCAGCUCAUGGCACGGGAAAACAAUUGUUGUUGUGGAUACGCCUGGCGUUUUUGACACCGAGGUACAGGAUGCUGACACCUGCAAAGAGAUUGCUCGCUGCAUCCUCCUGACCUCCCCGGGGCCUCAUGCUCUGCUCCUGGUGGUCUCGCUGGGCCGUUACACGCAGGAAGAGCAGAAGGCCACUGAGAAGAUCCUGAAAAUGUUUGGACACAAAGCUAGGAGAUACAUGAUUCUCUUAUUCACCCGGAAAGAUGACUUGGAAGAGACCCACUUCCGCGAUUACCUAAAGGUAGCUCCAAAAGUCAUUCAAGAGCUGAUGAAGGAGUUUGGUGAUCGCUACUGUUUGUUCAACAAUAAGGCGACGGGAGCUGAGCAGGAGGCCCAGAGGGCACAACUGCUGGCCUUGGUUGAGCACGUGGUGAUGCAGAAUGAGGGAGGAUGCUACACUAAUGAGAUGUACCAAAGAGCAGAGGAGGAGAUUCAGAAACAAAUCGAAGUGGUGCAUGAACGUUACAGAGCAGAGCUGGAGAGAGAGAAAGCGCUGAUAAGAGAGGAGUACGAAGAGAAAAUCAGAAAGCUGGAGGAUGAGCUGGAGCAGCAGAAGAAAAUGGCACAAAUGGAGAGGGAGUUAGCUGAAAGGGAGAUUGUCUGUGCCUCAAGGCAGCGAAAUGCCAGAGAAGAGGUUGAGAGUCAGAAUGGGAUCCUUGAAUUAAUCUUUGGAGCACUGAAGAUUGCUUCCUUUGUCAUCUCCCAGCUGUUUAGGGAAGAUUAAGCUUAAUGAAAAUCUGUCAAUAGUUCUUGCAUAUUUUCAGGUGGCCCUGCCACUCAUUCCCCAAAGUCAGAGCACGCUGGUCUCUGUCUCUCAGGACUCAGGAGUGCAGUGAAGUUAGCUGUUGGCAGUUGGUAGAUGUUGAAUCGACUUAACAGGGAGGGACAAAUUCUCAAUUUGUGAAACUCCAAAGCAGAAAGUAUUGAUGCUCCCUACCUUGUGAAUUCUUUCCCAGAGACAUGGAGAAAAGGAAUGCAGGAGACCAGAGAAGAUGACCUCGAGCUCUCUCUGCUCAUCCCUAGUAAAGAUUUCUCUCUAGAUUCUUUCCAGACUGGCAGACAGUCACGCCCUGGGGCUUUUCUCACUUACUUUCCCUUUAGGAGGACAGUGAGUGAGCAAAAGCAGUGCUCUGCGGUACUCACCCAUGGAGAUGCUUAGAAAAUUCUUUCUCCAUGCAUGUAAAUGUAUUUAAUUCCGUUUUCACAGAAGGGCUCAAUUUGUUCCUUAUCGUCUCCCCAUUGAAGUGUCGAUGAAGAGUUCCUGGAAGAUGGAUCUCUCAGAACUCAAUUAGGUGAAAUGCCAGAAAGUGAGAAAGACAGAGACUCAACAGAUAGGACAAGAAUAUUUGGUGCAUUUGGAUGCAUCUGUAGAAACUCUGACCAACCUCAAAGUGACCAAUUUGCUGAAUGACCUGUCCUCUCCUUUUCUGUGAAAGUGACUGCUGCGCCCCCACCUCCAUAACCCCACAGCUUGAGUACUUACUGCUUGGCGGGUCACCUUCACACUGCUGCUCCCACCCAGUUGAGUUAUUUGCUUAUUAUUACUAUAAUAAAGCUUUUCUGUUCUCUCA